CAGUGAACUGUACUUCCGUUACUCCCAGUGGAAACGAUUCACAUAUGUAACUUGUAUCUUAUUUACAAUGAGCACUGUCAUGCUGUGUGAUAGAGAACAGCUCAAUGAAACCCUGAAGUCAGUUCGGAUACUUCCCUGCCUGGUGAAAGCCUUGAAAGAGAAGAUAGAAGCAGAAAGAGGAAAAGACAACUUUCCUGUAUCUGGGCAGAAGCUGAUAUACGCUGGAAAGAUCCUGCAGGAUGACACGCCUAUUAAGGACUACAACAUUGAUGAGAAGAAUUUUGUUGUAGUGAUGGUUUCAAAGGCUAAACCUGCAGCUGCCGCCUCGCCUCCGGCCUCAGAAGCACCCAAGCCCCCUGUACAGGACUCUGGCUCCACGUCAACAGCUGUCCCCGCCACAACCCCGGCUUCAGCCCCAGCCCCAACCCCCGCAGCUGUCCCCAUUCCCUCCGAGGAGGCCAAAGAGGAGCCAAGUGCCGCAGCCACAGAACCACAACAACCAGCCAGCUCCAGUGGUGGGGGUCAGGGCUUGGAUGCCUCCUCAGCGCUGGUGACUGGAGCCGAGUACGAGGCUAUGCUCACAGAGAUCAUGUCUAUGGGCUACGAAAGGGAGAGAGUGGUGGCUGCACUACGGUCCAGUUACAACAACCCCCACAGAGCAGUGGAGUACCUUCUCACUGGUAUCCCCAGCAGCCCGGUCCAGGAGAGUAACCCCCCAGCGCCGGCCCCCGCGUCUGGACCCGCAGAGGGAGAGAACCCACUUGCAUUCCUGCGGACCCAGCCCCAGUUCCUGCACAUGAGACAGGCCAUCCAGCAGAACCCUACUCUGCUACCAGCUCUUCUCCAGCAACUAGGGAGAGAGAACCCUGAACUUCUACAGCAAAUCAGUCAGCAUCAGGAGCUGUUCAUCCAGAUGUUGAACGAGCCAGUGGGAGAGGGGGGAGAUGCACCAGAAGUUGGAGAGAUGGGGGCAGCAGGGGAGGAGGGCGCACCUGUCAACUAUAUCCAGGUUACACCUCAGGAGAAGGAAGCCAUCGAAAGGUUAAAAGCAUUGGGUUUCCCCGAGGCUCUGGUGAUCCAGGCUUACUUUGCCUGCGAGAGGAACGAGAACCUGGCAGCCAACUUUCUCCUCAACCAGGGACUGGAAGAUGACUGAGCAGCACUGCCUUCCUGCUCCUCCCUCCUACCCUUCCCCUCUUCAGCUCAGCAUAAAAGACUGCACCCCCAAUUUAUUGUACAGCUACCGACCUCAGCUCGACCCAACCGGAGGGGAGGGGAGGAGAGGGGAGAGCCUGCAGGGGGGGUGCGGGGUGGGAUGGGGAGGGGGCAGAGACGGGGCGGGUUAGGUUACGGCGGGGGUUUUCACGCUUAAAGUACACAAAGUGGAGGUUGUGUGCAGGAAGGUCAGACUUAUCGGAGGUCGGGGUGGAAAAGUGUGGAGGAACGAUGAAAUCCACGUGAAUUCCAAUGGAAUGUGUGGGGUUUGUCUAGGGGAGAUCUAUAAUUUGAUUUUAGACGCGCUUUGUGACAUAAGGGGGGAGGGGGUGGGGGGGGCGAGGGUUUGCGACGAGAGUGCGUGUGUGUGAGUACAUGUCUGUGUGCCUGUGCAGAUGGAUGCGAUACAGUUAAGCUGAAAAAAGUAAUCAAUUUGCAUUCUCUAAAUUUUUGUUAAUGCUGUAGCUGCAUUGUACGGAAGCACAUUGUCCUUACAACAUUAUCAAUGUGUGUAACUGCUUGUAUGUACCUCUGUAUAGCCUCAUGUACGUACGUCCAAGAAUGAAAAUUGACAGAGAUAGACUGGACCGUGGUGCCCUUUGUAUGUCUGACAUGAUGUUGCUGGGGUCUGUUUGGGGGGUGGGGAAAUGGGAACUAAACUGACAAAUAAGUAUCUGGUUAUUCUGUUCACUUUGCACCACCCUCAUUUGUCCUUCUACAGCCAAUCAGAGUCCCUACAAAAUGCUGUGCCUGCCAGUUUAGCUCACUCAAAUGUGGAACUAUUUAGUUUAUGCUGAUAGCUUUUGGUGCUAAUUAACACUAUCCUUAAAUAUCUUCUGUGCAACUCAACAUCAGAUUCUCCAAGAUUCUGAUAAUAUAUCUUUAAAGAUCUUCUGCUAUUACGGUUUAGAAAUGCAACAAUAGAGGGAGAAAGUGGAGCAGACACUGGUUACAGUCUCAUUCAGUAAAUUGUCAAUUUUAGUUGUUAGUAGGUGCAACUGAUCCGCAUAUAUGGAAAAUAUUUCCCCAGUUUACCUAAAGAGGGUCCUCUUAUCAAGACGGCCCACACUCUUAACUGUACGUCUUUUUAGUUUGCCAGGAUUUGACCCACAGUAUGUGGGAAGAAGUUAACCAAAAUGAUUAAAUACCCACACUCUUAAGUUCUUACGUGUUAUAUGCAACUGUAUUUGCAGAUACAUGUGUGCACUGCUUGGCGAGGUCUAAACCAUCUGCAUGGGGUUUUAACGGUGUCACAUGUGAGUCACUCGGAUCAUUCAAUGACUUAUUUUCUUUUUCUUAAGGUCAAUUCUUAACAGGUUCCAAAAGAUGUGUUAAGAAUAAACAACUUUAUACAGUUA